AUGGGGCUGCUGUGUGAAUAUAGGAACGUGGACAUCACAAAGCGAACCCUAUUGCACGAAGGGGGGCUGAGCUGGAGGGUGUCCCGGGAUAAAGCUGUGGAGGUGCAGGCCUUGCUGCUGGACUCGGUGCUGCUGCUGCUGCAGCGCGUUGAGGAGCGGCUCAUGCUCCGCCCCCACAGCCGAGGCCCCGCCCACCAAGAUGGCCGCCGCCUGCUCAGCCCCAUCAUCCCAUUGGGCAGCGCCAUCGCCAGACAGGUGGCCACAGGAAGGACUGCAGUACCGACCCCCACCUGAAGGAGGCGCCACUGACAGACGGGCCGAACCCCACAGAGCGUGGAGAGCUGCUGAGGGCGGCUAUGGGGCGAGGUGAGACCCAUAGAAACCCCAUAGAGACCCCAUAGAAACCCCAUAGAGCCCCAUAGAGCCCCAUAAAGCCCCAUAG